GUGAACCCCUUCACAGGAACACAUUCCCCAUAUGCUAUCGAUAUACACACUGUCACCACUGUCCCCAAAUCCCAAAACCAGGUCCCGAAACUUAGUCACAUUGUCUUCGUUUCAUUAAGCCUGCCGGAUAGAUGCGGAAGAUUUAUUUAUGUGUAGAGCGCCCUCCAGAGGGAACGUUGAACGUGGAUGGCAGAUUCCAAUGAAAUAAAAGGAGCGGCAACUUCAACUCCGCUACAUGGCAUCUGAGCGGCAACUUCAACUCGGCUAAUACGGCAUCUUUGAAGUAAUAAUGAAUGACAAGAAUAAAACUGCUAAACAAGGUAUUGCAAUGCAGAAUCAACCACAAGCCUGGAGUGCCAGAAGUAAUGGAUCACAAACCAAUCCGGAGGACAAGAUUGCACUGUUUGCUGUUCCUCUUCCAAGCCCAAAGAAAAGUGAUUUUUUAUGCCUCUGUAAGCGUCUUUUCUGGAAUGUUGGUUCGUCCUACUUUACGGCAUUCUGUCCGUUAUCACCUGACGAGACCAGGUCUCUGCCUUUAUCAUCAACAGUCGUCCAGAUGGUAUGUGCAUCACCAGCUUCGCAAACAGACAGCACUGGAAACAAACGAGUCCCUCAUGAUCUUCUUGCUUAUAAUGCAUCUGGAAACAUUAUUGGAGUCCCUUAUUUGUCGAUCCACAGGGACCCUCAAAAACCACAAGAGCUCCAGACUAAUGGGAUACCAUAUCCGGACAUUUCGGACGCCGCGUGGGUGCCAGCAUUGAAUGUGCCGUUUGUGGGUGCGCCUGAGAGAAAGAAUCAGGACAUGGAGGAUGUUGUCUUCAUCAUACGUAACGAAAAGCAACCAGGCGAUGUUUUGCAUCAAAAUGGAAAUAUGCCGAUGUUGUUUUCAAAACCGCCUGAUAUAUCAUCUGGCUCAAUCUCAGAUAAGUUGAGACGUCUGAAGGAGUCUGUAUCCACUCCACGGGAACCUGUACUAGGAGAUGGCUUACAAACAAAGAGUAUUGAUACACUAGACUUAUCGCAGAAUGAAGGGUUGACAACUUUGCCGAUAGAUUCCAGCUUGCUUAAUCCGAAAACAGUACAAAGGCCGAUAUUUCCUCCUCCCAAAAUAACUGGGUCAUUGCUCCAAGUUCACGUGCCAAGAUCAACGUCACCAGUGUCAAUACAAGCCAAUGUGAAAGCGGCCUCUACAUCACUGUACAGGACGUAUUAUAACUCAAAGUUGAAAGAACAUCAGAAAGGGCCGACUCUAACUCUUGCCGAAUAUCACGAUGUUACAACACCACCUGCCCACGGAUCUACCAAUGAGAUGAGUGAUGCACCCAAUGAAAUGGUUCUACCACAAAUCGGCUCUGUGUUUUCACUGGGUGAAUGUUCCUCACCAGACGAAAACUUACCAAAGCGAAUAACCGAUGCCCUAUUAAAAGCCACCCACCCAGAUCGACAAAGGGUUUCAUGCAAGAGCCAACUUACUACGCGGCCUGUUGAGGCUGCUCCUUUAAGCAAGAAAACAGAUGAACCCGUUCGACAGAAACGUAGACCUAGACCGAGGAGACGUGGAUCUCCUAUAAAACCGCCAUUAGAACAGGAUACCACUUACCAUCAUUCGGCAACUGCCAAGGGUCUAGUCAGACAUAAGCCUACCGGGUCUUCGCGUGAAACUGCUAGACAGAAUGUUCCAAUAGUACAAACCAUACAAAAACCUACAUCACCAACUUCCAACAUGCAACGUAAACAGAAUAUGGCCGGUGUCCAACCAAAGGGACAAACAAAUGAGAAAAAUCCUACUGGAAAUCGUACUGAGCCAGAUAAGCAAAGUUCUUACAGGACGACAUGCCCGAUGCAAUCUCCACAGGAGAUGGACCAACAAGCUUUCUUACAUGGGUCAAGGCGGUUAUUUUCUAAAGAGGUUUUCUCCAAACUGCCAAAGGAAAGCUUUCCAAAACCUGUUAUCAAAACUGUCUUAAAUAAAACCACAAAGUACAAAACUAGUGCUCGUUUUUUAAACAGGAAACUGAACAAUAGUGGUUUAACUGUUAGAGAAAUUCUUGACCAUGUAAAAGUCCAGCGUGAGAACGACUUACAACCUGUUGAGUCAGCUUCACCAAUCGGAGUACCUGUACAUGUACAUGUUGCACCCCAUGCCUGGUAUAAUAGACCUUCACCAACGCAUAAGGAAUCCGGCAAAUCGAAUAAAAUAUUCGCCACUUCCACUACAGAGACUGUAGCAAUGGCGACAACUAAAAACCGAAGCGUAUUUUCAACUCCAGUUACACCUCCGGGCACGUCUAUUGUUGACAGUAGGAAUGACAUUGAACGAGUGAGCAAUCAAAACGCAAGUGAUAUUUCCAGAGUCGAUGUAGUAAUUAUGGAGCAAAUGCCUACCCAAACACUGCCGUAUACCUCCGUUGAAGUAACUCACGCACUGCGUACUUCACAAAUAGGAAUGCCGCCCACCGGCUCAAUCCCAGCUGGAGAAGUUACCGUCACGAACAAUCUUGGACUUGACAAUGUGAAAUUCGUCCGCCGUUUGAACAGCACAGAUGUUGUUAUCGAUGGCAGGAUUCCUUGUCUAAUACUCGAUAAAAUUGUGAACCUGUCAUCUACAUCAAAACAAGACAGUGUAAAUGCAGGAUCCAUGGAUGCAUUACACUCGUACACUGAGGAAUGUAUGCUAAUUGACAGUCAAAUGAUUGAACCUUUAAAAGAAGACCGAAGUCAAUCGAGCUCCAAGAAUACAUUGGAAAACGACAGAGCCUCAUUUGUGUACACAGACAAGAAGGUAAAACAUCGAGGCACGACUUUGAAAAAGCCAACGAUUGCAAUAAAGCACGAGAAAAACAGCAAUCGAUCCGUUAGCGGGGCUAGUUAUGGUUUCAGUGUAGAUAGCGACGUUGACUUGACCCAGACAGAUAGAAGCCAACAGUACUUACCAGCAGAAUGUCAAAGCAGUGUCUCAAAGACAAAGAAGAUUCGCUUUUCAGGCAAGGGUUCUAAGAGAUACGACCUAAAUGUAUCCAAACAUGAGCCUUCCACUAAUCAUAUCCGAACACAUGACGGUUCAAAUUUCCAGCACAUGACUGCUCAGGAAAAAGUUCGAUUGCUUCAAGAGACCAAACUGAAACAAGAGAUUGCACUGAACGCAUUGAAGAACAAUGUGAAUGGUGUUUGAGUGCAUGUGAAUUGUGCCAAAAUUAUUUAAGUGACAGCAAUUUCUCAUCGAUUCAUUUGAACUUGUACUUAAGCUUUAGCUUUGGAUAUAAAACUUUCAUUCUAGAGACUUCUAACCCGUAAAACUCCACCCAUUCUGCUUAUCUAAACACACUGAUAUUCAUGUAACCACUGCAUAUUAUAACAACAUUAUGUGUAUUUUAUUGUAGGAUGUAAGUAAGAUAAAUUAAAAGGCAAGAUGCAGUUAGGUGAAAGGUGACUUGUAACAAGUGCGUCACGUCCUUCCAUUUGUGAAUAUAGCUGCUAUAUGCACCCUAGCACCUUGUACAUGUAAACCCUUUUCAGGUGCUACAUACAUUGGUUCUCGGAAUUCAUCACCUCAAUAACCUAUCUUUCUGAAGGUUGUUUGGAAAAUAGGUGCGCUAUAUAAGACUUCAAUAUUCGUAAAUUGCAUUUGCACGCCUCGCGUUGUUGGACACUAUUGGUAAUUGUCAAAGACUAGCCUUCACAGUUUGUGUAUCUCAACAUAUGCAUUAAAUAACAAA